AUGUCGGACAGACAUAAGUUGCAGGUAGUCAACUCAUUUAAGGAAGGGAAACUCAUUGGACUUACGAGUACAGAAGCAUUGGGACUGCGAGAGGAGAGGGCUCUGAGGUCAGCAGGGAGCCAGAAGAGGAAGAGCAAUGCUGCAACGGCUGAGCAGAGACAAAGUGACAAGCAUCGAAAAAGGCUUCAGACAGAACGCCAAGUUGAUGUUGCCAUCACCACUGAAAACCAGAAAUUUGACAAUGAGUUACUUGAACUGCACUGUCCAGAUCUAGCAUUUCCGCCCAGGGUCGAUGUAUGGCCUACUAGUGAUAUUGGCCCCAAUCCUCCACUCGAAAUUGUGGGCAUCAAUGACAAGGAGAAACAACCUCUCAACCCAGAGGUGGAGUGGGAAGGAUGGGACAAUGUGACAUUCACUGAUCUUGAAGCACUGAUCGAUGAGGCAGAGAAAGACAUCGAUGAUGCAUGGGCAGGGAUGGGGGAAGGUGAUCAUAGUUGGGAAGCUGUGGCAAGUGGACAAAUGUCAAUACUGUCAUAUCCAUACAAUCCCGACCUCCGCUCCGGGCUCCCGGAACUCCGAACUCCGACUUCCGGAGCCCUACUUCCCUUCCGUCACCUUCUCCUUGCCGACUCCCAAGAGGUUAUCCCACCUCCGGCUCGGACACCACCUUCGGUCCGACUCCGGAACAUUCCGGGUCCGACCCCAACUUCGACACCUUCCAGACGAGUACGCAAAACCUAUGCUCCCGACUCCAGACCUCCGCUCCGGGAUCCCGUUCACGUCUCUGUCUCCGGAACCUCCGGUCUUAGCUCCGACCUCGGACUUUGA